GGGGGGGGGGGAUGAGGACAAAAAACUCUAAAGAUGCAGCGCAUUGCUUUCAAGGGGGAAACCACCCAUUAUGUAAAGGCAGCCCACCCCACAAAGUCCUUUUGCUCUUUCAAGAUGAGAACACUUGACCUGGGACCGUAGUUCGGGGACCGGAAUCCACUUCACCUAAUGCAAAGAAUGUAAUUAGGCUCUAAUGAGGACGGGACACUUUCUGGGUGGCAUGCCUUAUACUUUGUUCAAGGCAAAACUUGCCGGCUGCCUUUGUGCUGUGAAGAGCAAAGGGGUGCGCUCUGCCUCUGCUAGUCCAGCCUCAGUCCUUGGCCCCACCUAUCCCAUUCGGACUUGAGUAGCCUCGUAAAGACCACGUCAUUAGACCUGCCCCUUCAGAUUAACAAGACAAAAUCCAGAUGCACAGCAUCUUUCUCACAAACCAUUCGACUGACAGAGAGAGCGAGAGACCAAGCCCAAGACCUGCACACCAGAAAGGAAUCCGCAAGGAACUUUCCGUGCCAUCUCCCACCCACAACCAUGCCGAGGCACUCCGCUUUCUCCCGCUUCCGGGCCCGCUACAUGGGGGAGUCCUUCACCCUCCGCUACCUGAAGGUGCUGCGUGAGCUGCUGGCCUUCAUCGUCUUCAGCUACACAGUGCUGCUGGGGGCCCUGGUCCUGGCCGCCUGGACCACCUACUUCCUGGUGGCCAAAUAAAUGAGCACCCGACCAGCUCAGUCCUUCACCUGCCGCUUUGCACACCCAGCCUAGACCCGCUCGUCGUGCCUUGUCGUUGGACCCCUCAGAAUGCUGCUUCUUGCCUUUCAGAAACUUCUCAAGUUUCUUCUGUCACUGCCUGCUAAGCUGCUCUUUGAAUGAGGUAUUAGGAGCAAGUGCCGGGGUUUGAAUGUGAGCGACAGAAAAUGCAAAGGUUCUCUAAGCAACAAGGGCUCGGCCAGAGGAUUAAUUCGAGUGUUUGUUCUUGCUUUAAUUGAUGUCUUUUCUCUCUCAGUUCCAUAGAAAUGUAAAACAUGGGGGUAGAUCAGGCAUGGGCAAACUUUCACCCUCCAGGUGUCUUGGACUUCAAAUCCCACAAUUCUCAACAGUCAGCAAGCUGUCUGGGAUGGCUGGGAGUUGCAGUCCAAAACACCUGGAGGGUGGGUGAAGUCUGCCCAUGCCUGAGGCAGAUGGUUAUGCUGUAACCUGUCUUGUUUUUGCCAGCAUUGCUGAUAACAAUAUUCUCUAUGCUAGGCAUUCUCUUAAUAGAAACUGCUUGUUCUCAAUGUUUACUGUCUCCUUUUCUUUUCUCUCUAAAUUUUAUGCUGUCCUCAAAUUGCAAAUGCCAAAUUCACUGAGAUUCAAACUCUGUACAAUUGUUCUCUUUACAAAAAGAUUAAUAAAGACAGUCAUAUAUCUUUCUAGCAUUCAAA